GCUCAGCCUCGCUUUGAUGACAGCGCCCGCAGUCAAACAGCAGAUUUAUACAUAAAGAAGAUGGCGGCGAAGAGAACGGCGAAGAUCGUUAAUUGUAGCGCUCUUUCUGGUUCGAAUUCGUGGCUUCUCUAUCAAACCUCUGUAGAAUCGUAAGAAUUUGGCUCCAAAUAUUUGGGAUAGUUUCCGAAAAUGCAAGAAAACUCUUCUUACUCACAGCAUUUUCAUGCUGCUAAGAGCUGUCUUUAUCGCGAAAAGUAUGGCGAUGCCUUGGCGCAUUUGGUAUUUUUGGCUAAUAUGGAACCUUCAUCUAAAGAAGCGUUGGAGAUAGACUUCAUCCUCGCUUUGCGAAAGUGGUUAGAGAUACUUGAGUCUCGUGGCGAGCUGGAUAAAAUGAUUAUUUGUCUUCGGGAAGCAUUAAAACUGUAUCCGCAAAGUGAGAUUGUUCUUAUCAACACAGGAGCAAACUUGGUCAAGUUGGGUUUCACUGAUGAGGCUGCUUCGUGUUUUAGACGGGCAUUACAUCUAAAUCCCACGAGUAUAAGAGCGAAAGAAAAUCUUGAAAAUGUAGCAAAUCUUUUGGUAGAGAGGUGGCAUUUUAGAAUGUUGAAUGACAAGAAAAGAAAUGUAGCUUACAAACAAGCCAUUGCCAAGGCCAUAGGCCAAGGGCAUGACGUUGUCCUCGAUAUUGGAAGUGGUACUGGUAUUUUAAGCAUGUUUGCUGUUCAAAGUGGAGCAAAAGAGGUCUAUGCCUGCGAAAUGUCCAAGACCAUGUUUGAAAUGGGUCAGGAUGUGCUGAGGGCUAACAAAAUGGAAAAGUUUGUUCACACUGUGCAUAAGAAAUCAACUGAGAUGACAGUAGGAAAGGAUAUCCCAAAGCAGGUUUCUUUGGUGGUUACUGAGACACUUGACUGUGGUCUCCUUGGAGAAGGAAUUCUCACCACCAUAGAACAUGCAUGGUGUAACUUGCUGAUUCUCCCACCAGAGGAGAAGUCAGAAUCUGAUGUAAAACCCAUUUCUAAGGUCAUUCCUGGUGGUGCUGUACUUUAUGCUAUGGUUAUUAUGUGUGAUGACAUCAGAAAUCAAACAAGGUGUAAACCAACAAUGAGGGAACUUAAAAUGCUUCCAGAGUGUAGCAUAGGAGGAGAGCUAAUGUAACAAAAGACAGAAACACCAUCUGCAAGUAUCAAUGUAUGUGAUCAGCUUGAACCAUACAGUACAGAGUGUUUGGACCGGCUAAGAGGUGGCUUUACACCUCUCACAUGCCCCUUUAAAGUGACAGAGUAUAAUUUUAACAACCCCAGUAGCUUGAACAAAGACAGGGACUUAAAGAUUGAAAUCACUGCAACUCACCACGGUCAAGCUGAUGCAGUGGCAGUCUGGUUUGAUUUGCUACUAGAUGAAGAUAUAACUCUUUCAACUGGCCCCAAGGAUGAUUCUCUGUGCUGGGAGCAAGCAAUUUUCCCCAUUUUCGCAAGUUACGGUGAUUCCUCAGGUAAAUUGGCAGUUUCAAAGGGAGACUUGCUUUCUCUUCAAGGAGAGCUUUCUAAAGAUUGCCUGAGGUUCAAUUUUUGUGGAAGUAACACAACAGAACCAGUUUUUGAAUCUAAAGUUAGUGGCGUACCAUCUGAAAGGGAGAGACAAACUUCAAUAUCAAUGAAUCCCUUGAUCGAAAGGAAGAAUGUCAUUGAAGAGAUUGUGGCAGUCAUUCCACCUUCAUACAUGCGGCGCCUGAAUGAUGCCUCCUUAAACAGCCUGUAUGAUGAAGUCAUCUCAGGAGCUGUUAACUCCUUGAAACUGAAACAGCAUUUAGGCAGUGGCAAUGAAAAUCCUAGUAAAGAUGGAGUUUGUAAUGUUCUUGACAUAACUAAUGGCCCUGCUUUGUUUUCUCAUUUUGCUGCUAGAGGAAAGGCAGACCAUGUCUUGAUAUUAAAUCCUCACAAUACUGAUUGGAUAGAACAUAUUUUACGCACAAAUCAUUUGCCAGAUGUUAUUGAGAAAGGUCCGAAGAAACUUGAAGAAAUUGCCAGAGAAGGAAGAAAAUGGAAUUUGCUUGUGAGUGACACUGUAGAGCCAUCUGGUGUCCUUUGCCAGCAAGUUAUGGAAGACAUUGUAUUUUCAAGAGGAUGUCUGCUAACACCUCGAAAUUUUCAAACCCUUCCUAUGGGAUUCACUCUGUACUGCAUGUGCAUAGAGUCCCCCUUUCUGUUUGCCAAUUGUUGUGUACUUGACCAGGACAGAACACUAGGGCUUGAGAUUGGCCACUUUGUGAAUGACUUUCAAGUAACCACUCAGAUAGAUAUUGACCUUACAACUCUCCCAUUUUCAAGCAUCACCAACCAUACUGAACUUUUUAGUGUAAAUUUCAUGGAGCAGUUUGAUGACGAAAAUAAGUUACUUUCUUUACUUGAAACCCACUCUGAGAAAAGAGUGAAAGUCUCCAAGUCAGGGAGGAUUCAAGCCAUUCCCUACUGGUUUGCACUGCACAUUGGCCAUCAACUUUCACUAUCAACGUACAGUGGAGAUUACCCUGAAUCACACUGGAGACAAGCCGCUAUUGUUUUGAAAUAAGAUGUAGAUGUUGAAGUUGGACAGGAAAUUUUAAUUUCAGCAUCUUGUGUAAAUAGUAGCAUUAUUAUUGAUGUGAAUGUUAUCAGAGAUUGAACAUCUAAUAAGGCAAGGAGUGAAGCUAAGCAAAUCUACAGGUACAUGACUUAUAUUGUAGAACAACCAUUAGUAUAGAACUCAGCGUGGACGUAACAAAAUUUUGUAGCAAAACAAUAGUAGAUGGUAAUGUGCACCAGCAGACUAUGAAAAUGAAGAAAUGAUACAUUAAAUAAUCUAUUAGUUCAUUUAAGUGUGAAAAAAAAAAUUGUCACCACAAUUGGCAGUCAUAUCGUAAUAUUGGCCUAUUUACUGCUGUCGAUAAAAGUACUGACAUUACGCCGCUCGCGUCGAUGUGUCACGCAAAGUGUCACGCACUAAAAGAUCAUUUUAUUUGACGUCGAUAUUGUGAUAAAAAACACAUCGCCAGUGGUUUGGCAUGGUCUCUACACUUAUCGAUAACGAUAUUCGUCAUCACAGUGGUAAAAAUUUGUUGCGGACUCGGAACCACAAAAUUUUAACCACCGUGAUGAUGAAGAUCGUUGUCGAUAAGAGUACAGACCACGCAAACCACUGUCGAUUUAUUAAUUAAAAUUAGCUAUGUCUGUGAAACCAUUCUGCAAAGAAUUCUACCCUUUAACAGUAGUUAUGAAAUGUUGUAUUGUUGUACAAAUCGUACCUCAUAAGGAGCUAAAACCAAAAAUUAGUGCCACUAGAACAAAAAUGACAGCAACCGCGGCCUUUGUAAUUCAAAUUACUAAAAAUUUUCAAAAAUCAUGUAUAAUAAACAAUCAUAUAUAAUAAACAAUAGAGUUUAUGUUCCGGGGCAUAGAUACGCUUUGUGCCCGACUCAAAGUCAUUCAGGGCCUGAUUACAUGAGCCGGGCUGGCCCUGUUAGCCGGGCUGAUUUCUUUUGUUUGGUGUUCGCCAAAGCGUGAAAACAAAUGAAAUCAGCCCGGCUCAUGUAAUUACGCCCUUAGACCAACCAGUUUGGCGAGGGUUGAAAUGAGCUCUGAGAAGGGCCCAAAACAUAUUUUUAAGCUCAAGAACAUAAACUCCAUUUUUUAAUUUACACAUGAAAGGCCGUUGCUGUCAAUUAUCAUUUUGGAAGGGGAUUGAGAAUGAUACAACUGAAAAAAAUGAUCUCAUAUCAGUCUGAACAAUCACGCGAUCGGGCUUUAAUACAUUAAUGUUGACCUGCCAGUUUCUCCACUUAAGACCGCAAAAUACGCUACAACGCCCAACGAAGUAAUAAUAAUUUCUGAAAUGUUCAAUUAAAAACUGGCAUCCGGAAA